AUGAGGAGGACAUUCGAUGCUUUAGCCUCGAAGUUGGCAGCUCCACCUCAUGAAAUUCAAGCUGACAUCUCUCUUUCAGAAUACUCAUUGCACACGCAUCAGGCGCUUGCCUCACAGUUCUCUAUUUCUUUCUAUCUCUCAAACAAUGCUGAUUCUGUCUGGUUUGAAUUCAGAGACAACCAUCCUGCUUUCUACUCCAGGAAUGGCACUAGAUUUGAUCCUCCAGCUAUACCAAAGACUUUUUUACCCCAUCAUAAGUUUCCUGCUUCUCUUGAGAUUGAGAACUAUUUUGCCAGUGCUCCUCCCCCAGAGGUUCCUCCUCCAGAUGAUAGCAAUUUGAAAGUUUUGAUUGAAGGGGUUGCAACAUUGGUUGCUCGAUGUGGUAAGUUAUUUGAGGAUCUCUCCAAAGAAAAGAAUCAGUCCAAUCCGUUAUUUUCCUUCCUUACUGGAGGAAAUGGCCAUGAUUAUUAUACAAUGAAGCUCUGGGAGGAGCGACGGAAGCAUAAGGAUCAAACCAAACAGAAAUUGGAUGGGAAAAUGUCACCACGUGUGCAGAAGAUGACAGCAGAGAGCCGUGGCAAAAUUUUAGCAGAAAAACCUCUUGAGAGGACCACCAGAGAUACCAGCUCACCUGUUACCUCUGCAGAUACUGUUAAUCUGCAAUUCAAUCUGUCAGAUACAUUCACCAAACCUGAAACUUUGACUGCACCCAUCGAAGUUGCAAAACCUUUCCGAGAUGAUCCUGCAAAGCAACAGAGGUUCGAGCAGUUCCUGAAGGAGAAGUAUCAUGGAGGGCUCCGCUCUAGGGAUUCAGGUGGCGCAGGUAGCAUGUCCGAAGCUGCUCGUGCUCGUGAGAGAUUAGAGUUUGAAGCUGCAGCUGAGGCAGUAGAGAAGGGACAAUGGAGAAACGAAAAAAAUAAUCCCCAUCAGCAGCUUUUGGAGUUAUCAUCUACUUCAGGAUUGCAGUUUACUUCUGGCGGAUUAGAGCAAGUCAAAGUUAGUCAACCUGAAGAUUCAGUAAUGAGGAAGAUGAAUCCAAAGAGGGAAGAAUUUCAGUGGCGACCUUCACCGAUUCUGUGCAAGCGCUUUGAUAUUAUUGACCCUUAUAUGGGAAAGCCACCACCAGUGCCACGGGUGAGGAGCAAAAUGGAUUCUCUUAUAUUCAUGUCAGAUUCAGCUAAAGCUGCAAGAACGGAAGGAGCUGCUACAAUAAAUAUGGACCCAUUGACCGUGCUGCAAUCUGGCAGUGAAAAGAACAGUGAAGAAGUAAUGGACAGAGAAAUUGAUAUUCAGGUGGAAGUUGAAAAUGUUGAGAGGCCAGUUGACCUCUACAAGGCUAUAUUCUCUGAUGAUUCAGAUGAUGAAGAGGACAAUGCUAGUCUCAACUUGGUGGUGGAUCCACAAAAGAAGACUGAAGCUGCUAAUACGACUCUAAGUCGUUUAAUAGCCGGUGACUUUUUGGAAUCAUUGGGAAAAGAAUUAGGCCUAGAGGUUCCUUCUGAUCUUCCUCAUUCCAAAAAGGAAGCCAGCCCCCCAUUUCCCCAGAAAGAGGUUGUCAAUGCCAACAAGAGAGACAAUAACACCAUACCAGAGGAAAAUAAGUUGUCGGUCCCUAAUGCUGGACAAGGCAGGCCGUAUCAUAGUGAGACUGCACAAGCCGUUGGAUCACAUAAACAGGAGUUUCUUGAUGGGAACCCACCUGAAAGUGGUGGCAAGAUAACAAAGAUUGGUUCUUCUGAGAAUAAUAGAUCAGUCAAAAACAAUCUUGAGGCGGCUCAACGGGAUACAAUGGCUAAAUCUCCAUUAGGCCAGAAUCGAAAUUGGAGCUGUGGUUCAUCAGAAGAUGAAAGGAGUAGAAAGCGUUCUAGGCAUCGUCGGCAUAGAAGCAGCAAUUCAAGUAGUGACACCACUGAUUUGUCUGAUGAUUAUCGAGAUCGACACCAUUCAAGGUCGAAAGGGAGAAAAAAGGGAUCCUAUCGCGAAAAGAGCAGUAGCAGAAAACACUCAAAGCACCACAAGCAUAGAAGCAGGAACUCCCCCAGCAUAUCUCAUCACGGUUCUGAGAAAGGACACGGGGAAGACAAGAGAGAGAAGCGAAAAUGGAAAGACUGAGGAAAAUUCAUUGCUGUUUUUGACCCCCUAAUGCUACAUUGCAAAUUUACACUUUUUAAUUUAGAAUUGUUUGAGAGAUAAUCGCUUUCAAUUGGAAGUAGCUUACUUUGAAAGUGUAUCAACUUUUUGAUUGGUACCUAUAGGGAUGUCAAUCUGGAUUCUGUCAUGUUUAGGUUGUGUAUUAUUUUAGGCUAAAUUAUAUUUGGGUUUUGUGUCUUGUGCUAUUAAACAACAAUUCCUACCAUCAU